UCGUCUGGUCGGUCAGCUGAUAAAAGUGGGUGAGGAGAGGAGCCGCAGAAGUGCUCGGUCAUUGUUGCUCUGACUCGGUUUAUUUCUGUUUUUGUUGUUGAAGAUGAAGGCUCCACUGCUGCUGCUUUUCGCGGGCUUCGUCCUCUACAGCGACGCCAUUGUUCGAAUCCCCUUGAAGAAAUUCCGUUCCAUCAGACGUGAGCUGACCGACUCGGGGAGGACGGUGGAGGAGCUGCUGGCCAACAAACACUCCUUAAAGUACAACCUGGGCUUCCCUCCCAAUGGUGGACCCACUCCAGAAACCCUGAAGAACUACCUGGAUGCUCAGUACUAUGGAGAGAUCGGCCUGGGGACCCCCCCUCAGACUUUCACCGUGGUGUUCGACACCGGCUCCUCCAACCUUUGGGUGCCCUCCGUCCACUGCUCCAUCCUGGACGUCGCCUGCUUGCUUCAUCACAAGUAUAACUCAGCCAAGUCCAGCACCUACGUGAAGAAUGGCACCGAGUUCGCCAUCCAGUAUGGAUCAGGAAGUCUGUCGGGCUACCUGAGCCAGGACACGUGCACUAUCGGAGACAUCAGCGUGGAGAACCAGCUGUUUGGAGAGGCCAUCAAGCAGCCAGGUGUGACCUUCAUUGCCGCAAAGUUUGAUGGGAUCCUCGGCAUGGCGUACCCUCGCAUCUCUGUGGACGGGGUCGCUCCAGUCUUUGACAACAUCAUGAGCCAGAAGAAGGUGGAGAAGAACGUCUUCUCCUUCUACCUGAACAGGAACCCGGACACAGACCCCGGCGGCGAGCUGCUGCUGGGAGGAACCGACCCUAAAUACUACACCGGAGACUUCAGCUACGUCAACAUCAGCCGCCAGGCGUACUGGCAGAUCCCCAUGGACAAGAUGGCGGUGGGCUCUCAGCUCAGCCUGUGCACCAGCGGCUGUCAGGCCAUCGUGGACACGGGGACUUCUCUGAUCACCGGCCCGGCAGCCGAGGUCAGGAGCCUGCAGAAAGCCAUCGGAGCCCUGCCCCUGAUCCAGGGAGAGUACAUGGUGAACUGUGAAAAAGUGCCAUCGCUGCCUGUCAUCACCUUCACCAUCGGGGGGCAGGCUUACUCUCUGACUGGAGAGCAGUACAUCCUAAAGGUGAGUACAUGGUGUUUCCUGACCACCAGGGGGAGACAGAGCUGCUGCUACAGGGACAAUCCAGCUCAGACCACUAGGGGGAGACAGAGCUGCUGCUACAGGGACAAUCCAGCUCAGACCACUAGGGGGAGACAGAGCUGCUGCUACAGGGACAAUCCAGCUCAGACCACUAGGGGGAGACAGAGCUGCUGCUACAGGGACAAUCCAGAAAUCACAGAGACAGCAAAACAAAAACAUGAACUUAUCAGCUGAUUCCACCAGCUAGGCUUCACUCAGCGACCACUUUAUUAGGAACACCUUGGUAGUAGCGGUUUAGAGCUCUUUCUUCUCUGUCCUGUAGAGUUAACAUGGUGUUGAGAAUGUCCUUGGAGAUUUCGGGGCCUCCGUCAGCCAUGGCAUCUUCCAUAAAUCUGCGUUCUUCUCCAUCCUGAUGCUAUCUAUGACAGCCAGUUCUGUCUUCAUGAUGUCUACCUGACUAAAUACACCUUUGCUGCCAUGUGAUUGGCUGUAGUUGAGCAGGUGUACCUAAUGAAGUGGCAGUGAGUGCAUGCUC